GCUCUUCAGUGACACUGAGGAUGAAUAAAUUCAUCAUUAGCAUCCAAGGCUGUUAUCGAAAGAUUGUUGAACCGUGACUUGAACUUACCUGUCAACAUAAAACGAAAAUAAAAACAAACCAAAAAUCAAAUAUUCAGAGGGCGCUUUCCUCGCUGGCUAUGAACUCGAGUGUUAUUGCUCUUGAUAACGGCUAAUUAUUUGUGAUUCAACAAGAAUUAAAAGCUUUUAUAUCAUUAUAGAGUGAAAUUUAUUGAUGUGAAAAUGAAGAACUUCAAGUAUUUAUGGAUGUUUGAUUUCGUAGAUCGUUUCUGCUGCAACUUGUUAUUCCUAAACCUGAUGGAGUCCGGCUGGUAAAUGCUAAAUUUACCUGACAGGUCUAUCGGAAUUUACCUCCAUCUCAUUAUUGCAGAAUUGCUUGUGAAACGUGAGCUGAAGCUGCACAAGGAUUAAAGAUGAAGGUUAUGCUUUAUCCAUUACUUUACUGGAUUGGGAAAAAAUUAGCGAUUUCCAAUCAAAUCAAUCUUGAGUUCCUGUCACCAGUGUAAAGUGAGGAACCCAGAUACUGUUCUUAACUUCAAAGAUGAGUAAUUUUACAGAUGAGUGGUGAGAUGGUUAUGAAGAAAACAUGCCACUUUAUUAUUUUUAUAUCUGUUUGGUCAUUGGCUGUUUAUUCGGGCAUAAUUCAGUUGGAACCAGAGUACACUACAUCGCUUCUUGGUGAAGAUGUUAUACUCCCCUGUACAUUCUCCUUUCCUGAAGGUGCACCUGUACCUUACGUUGUGCAAUGGCAAAAACAAGACGUGAAAAUACCCAUCUAUAUUUGGUAUGAUGGAUAUCCACCUCAUGCUGGUGAAGGAUAUGAGGGCAGAGCCUCAUUGGCUGGGCUAGCUUCCUUGAACUUAACUGCGGUCAGAGAGGCUGAUCAGGGCUGGUAUGAGUGCAAAGUAUAUUUUUUAAAUCGACCUCCCGAUUCUCCUAAGAAUGGUUCCUGGGUUCAUCUUGAUGUUCUAGCACCUCCCCAUUUUAAAUUAAAACCUGCUGACACUGUUUAUGUAAAAGUGGGUGAAUCUGUCACUCUCAGCUGCGAAGCAAUCGGAACACCUCUUCCUGUUGUCUCAUGGUUUAAGGACAAUCUACCUGUUCAAACAUCUGCAUCUUUACAAAUUACAGCAUCUGAACUACGUAUAAGUAAUAUUCAGCAGACGGACAUUGGGGACUACUUAUGUGUUGCUCGCAACAAAGAAGGAAGUGUUAAUGCUUUAACCAAAGUUAUAGUUGCAGGCCCUGCUGUAAUUACUGGACCUCCUCGCAAUACAAGCAAACUGGAAGGUGGAAAAGUUGAAUUUAUUUGUGAAGCUAAAGCUUUACCUGCAAACAUAACACACAAAUGGUAUCAUAACGGCAAUGAUAUUAGCCAGCUUUCAUGGUUAGAAAGUCGCUCUCUCAUACGAAAAGAUGGCCUCCUUUUUAUUAAUCCAUUAACAGCUGAGGACUCUGGUCUUUAUACUUGUGAAGUAUCAAAUGGAAUAGGAAAUCCAGAUUCUGCAUCUGCGUUUCUAAGUGUUGAAUAUCCAGCCAGAGUUACAUAUUCACCAACUAUACAGUACCUUCCAUCAGGACUCUCAGGAAUUCUCCGUUGUUAUGUCCAAGCGAAUCCUCCAUUUCAGUUCAUCAACUGGACUAAAGAUCGUAGACCCUUUGACCCUAAUGCUAAUCCUGGAGUAAUAACUCUUAAUAAUGGUUCUUUGCUGUUUCAAAGAGUGAGCCAUGAGCAUCAAGGACGAUACCGUUGUACUCCUUAUAACAUUCACGGUACAGCUGGUACAUCUAAUAUUAUGGAGGUAUUAGUCAGAGAUCCUCCAAUGUUUACUGUUAAACCUAAAGAUACCUAUCAAAAAGCUGUUAACAGUGAAGUGAAAAUGCCCUGUGAAGGGUCUGGACAACCUAAACCUACUGUUGUCUGGAGAAGAGCUGAUGGGGAAAAGUUACCAAGAGAAAGAGCUAACAUAAGAGGUGGUAACUUAACAAUAAAAGGACUACGCAAAGAAGAUCAUGGCCGAUUCGAAUGUGUUCUAGAGAAUGAAAUUGCUACAUUAGUUACUAGCACUCUCCUUCUUGUUGAAGGAACUACACCUCAUGCACCAACAAAUGUCACUGUAAAUACAAGCUCUUUUGAUGCAACUCUCACAUGGUAUCCCGCUUAUGAUGGAAACUAUGAACAAACUUAUGUUAUAUGGUAUCGGCUUGCUGAUCAAGGAAUUAGUGAAUGGCGUACAGUCAGGGUGGUGCCAGAGGGUGCAACAACUGUUACUUUGUACAAUUUACAGCCUGACACAGAAUAUGAGUUCCAAGUUUUAUCCAGAAACAUUUUGGGAGAUGGCUUGUUUAGCCCUAUUGUGAAAACAAGGACUAAACCCUGGGAUUAUCUUGGUGGUGUUUAUCCUACUGAUGCUUAUGGAGCUACAUAUAUUCCUACUGUGCAAAAACCAUCAGGUCCAAAGCCGUGGCCUCCUAGAAAUGUGACUGUGGAGAGAGGACAGAUGGGUGUAGUAAUAUCAUGGCAACCGCCUAAAAACCUAACAAUACCCAUAGCAUUUUAUUUCGUAGAACAUCGUACAGAUGAUGGGCAGUGGCAGAGAUGGGGUCCAAUUAGAGAUGAAUACAACUACAUAGUUCCAACUCUUGCUGGGGGCCAAACAUAUCAUUUUCGUGUCUAUGCCUAUUCAAUUUUGUCUGUCGGAUCUGCCAGUUCUGAGGUUGUUUAUCAUGCUCCUGGAGAUGAUGAUAGUUAUGGCAGAAACAGGGCUAUUACUGCUGGUGUUGUUGGCGGUGUUUUAUUUUUUGUUGCUGCAAUUAUACUGUCCAUAUGUGCCGUUAAGAUAUGUAACAAACGUAAGAGAAGAAAGGCAGAAAAAGCUUACAUGAUGGUUACCUGUUCUGUGCCUGAACAAAGAAAUGGAGGACAUUCACAUGCAGGCUCUCCUCUUCCUGUCAAAAAAGAUGAAGAAGGCAGAGUACCAAGUUUAAAAUUUCCCUCUCUGGCCAGCUUAGGUAGAAUAGGCUUAGCAUCACAUCCCAAGGAGCGAACCAGAACUUUUCAUGGAUGGCCGGUACACUUGCGCCAUCCUAGAGUUGCUCGCUAUAACAUUCAAAUGGAAUAUUCUCAACCAUUAGGCUGGAUAAGUCGUUCAGCUGAUGGUAAGUUUGUGCUUCGUGGUAGUGCUGACGAUGAAGAGGGAGGUUUUGUUAAAACAGUUCCAUCUAAUACUCACUCCCUCAUUCCGUCCAACCAUGCUGGAGCCAGAGGCAGUAUUCGUAGUGAUGGCAGUGGACAGAGCAGCCACCAUUUGCACUUGAGUCCUUCAACUCCUUCAUAUGGUCCUUUUACUACUCCAUCUCGUUUCCAUACUAGUAGUCCUGGCUUAGGAGGUUCUUUUUUCGCUGAAGAUUUGAGUUCUAUUCGUCAGCCUUCCUCUGUUGAGCGUUCUUUUCCUAGUACUGUAUCGAGUCACUUGACACCACCAUUUCCAAUGCAUUUUCGACCUAUUCAACGAGCUCAAGAUGCUCCACCGCCAAAUUGGAUGUUACAUCAGCAAGUUUUAGGUUCUCCCCUUCAAACAUCUUUUAACCAAGGUUGGCCCGGUGCUCGUCAUUGGUUACCUCUGCAAGCUUAUCCCUCAAAUGGAACUGGUCCUCGCUUUUAUCCAGUUCGUCCCAGUGGACCUCGCAGUUUUAAUGGAUCUGUUCAUCCUAGGCAACAGGUCUCACCUGGUCACCAACGACCAUUGGCAACUAGUAGUCCACCUCAUUUAGAUUCUCAUUUAAUAAAUCGUGUUUCUCAAGUUCCAUGUGGUCCUGAUUCAAGUGAGAGUGGUGGAAGUGAUGUACAUCAAGUUACUUAUACAAGAGAUCGUCUUUUGGGUGCUGUGGAACGUGUAAGGAAUGCUGCUUAUCAGCGACAACAAUAUCUUCCUGAACUUCUUUCAGAAGUUGAUGGUUCAUUAGCUACUAAUCGACGAUUAACUACUCCCAGUCGCACUAGCGUCACAAGUGGCAGUUCUGGCCAUGGAAGUAAAGCAGCAUCUCUCGCUCAUUCAAGUCUGCAAGGGGAACUUGAUAUUAACAAUCGUAGUGGAAGCAGUAGUGGUUUUGCCAGUAGAAACCAUUCUGCUGCUUUUGCUUCAACAUCACUGACACCGAAUGGUGUACAUACCAUUCCUCAUCAUAUUGGUGGAUCUUCACUUUUUGAAGCAGAUUCACCACAUUCUGAGCCAGCCCUACCAAUUAUGGAUGGAUUCAGCAGGUCUCGCCACAGAGCAGCUGGUACUGCUCAUCACAAUCGAGACGCGUGGAAUGAUCGUGGUCUCAGUGACAGUGAAUUAUGUAGUGGUAUGUAUCCCACUGGACCUCGAAAAUAUGAAAAUACCGAGGCCAGGUGUGCAGCAUUAAAAGAGGAGUUUCUUCGUUUUCGACAAAGACAGCGUGAACGACAACGAUCAGUAGAACUCGAAAGCACCUGCUGAUACUGCAACUACUGCCAAAUUUAAAAUUGAUGCUGUUUGUUUGCCUGGGCUGCACAGAGAUUGCAGGAGCUUCCUAUAGUGCAAUAAGUUCAUAUGAACUUGCUUUUUUGACGCAGUAUGAAUAUGUAUGCUUGAAAUCUGUUUUUUUCUUAAUUUAUUUCAAAUUUAAAAAGAAAAAUGUCUCUGUGUCCCAUGUUUGUUAAUCAAAAUUUGUCCAGUGUUAUAUCAUCCCAUCACUUUGAAUUUGUGAUUGAUUUAUUUCAUGUACAUAUAUGUGUAGUUUUGCACAUUUGUAUAUUAAACACAUGAAAAUGUUUUAGAGCCUUAAAAAGAAAACUUUAUUGAUGUUAAUGUGUAUUUUAAAAUAUAUUGUCGAAAGUUAUCCCUCCUAUUUACUGAAACAUAAAGUAGUAUUUUGUGGUAAAAAAAAAAUUCUCUAUUUAAUGACUAUUAUAUGUUUUUUUUCCAGUGUUAUUGUUAAACGACUAAAUAAAUUCAUUAAUUAUUUAUUUUUUUCAUUUCAUUAUUUAUUUUUGUUAACUAUGAACCAAUCUUAUACAUUCAAUGUGAAUUUAUGGUGAAUUUCUUUGUUUUUAAUAUUUUUGUUAAAUUUAAAUAAUUUUAUAUUUAGACACAUUUUAUAGAGCAUUAUACAUUAAUUUGUGUAUACAUAUCUUUACAAUUUAAUCAUGAACUGAUUUUUAUGCAAACUUUCUUUAUUCUAUUAAAUCUGUUGCCCAGUGAACUAUUAGAAAAGUAUGAAAUGACUAAUAUUACCCUACAAAUAUGUUAACAAUUAUGAUUUUUUUAAAAAAAAAUUUAAUUUAAUAAAUGGUAUUUUAAUUAUUUCUUGAUUUUAUGUUAACGAUAUUUAAUUUAUUUGUUGCUAUAAAAUUUGUUAUUGUAAGUAAACAUUGUAACUUUUACUUGCCGCUUGCAUUUGUGUGUGCUAACUUGAUUUUAUAAAAGCGUUAUUUAAUCAAUAGCUAAUUUACUUUUAUCAUAUCUUUUUUCCAUUAAUUGAUAGUUAAUAUUUAUUAAGUUAAUUCUGGUUAUAAAUUUUUUUUUUAAUAUCGUAAUUGCCUUAAACAUUUUCUACAACUCCGUUGUGUAAAACCUAACAGUUGUUAAGAGUUCAAACAAACAUGUCAUAUCUGUUGAUAGGCUUUAAAGGUUUAUGAACUGUUAACAAAGAGUUCCAAACUUAAUUGUUUCCCAAUAAAUUUUUUGUCUCUGUUUAUAAAAUGAUUUACUCAGGAAACCAGUAAUUUAUUUUUAACUAACUUUUGUGUCUGUGAAGAUAGAAUCUUGCAAUUAAAAUUUGGACUGGCUAGAGCACUCAGAUCUCUACUAGAACUCUGUACCUGAUAACAAUGUGUUUCCUUGCUGCUAGAAGCAGAAUUUAUUGCAAUUAUAUUUCCAAAUGGAUGUCAAUCAAAACCUCUCUUCAAAUGCCUAGAGUGCUUAAAUAUUAAUUCCUGCUUUGUGCUAAAUGAUAAUAAAAACUUCUAUCAUUUCCUGACCACCAGUAUUAUAAUUUAUCUCUGCAACUUAAAUUAAUUUGCAUUUGAAAAAUGUAGCAUUUAUAAGUUCAGUUGGGUCUCUGUGGUAGAUGAUAGUAAAAGCUUGCCUGAGCACCACUUGCAGAACUUGCGUCGGAAAAUUGCCAAUAGAAAAAUUUGACUUUUUUUCUGCUAGUUUGAAAGCUCUAAAUUCAACUAGAUCUUUGUGCUAUAUGCCAAUACAAAUUGCAAUUGUUUCUUAAAUGGUACCAGCAAAUUUUAUUGCCACUUAAAAUUUCGACUUUUUUUUUUUUUUAUAAACAGCCACAAAGCUGAAAAGAGAAAAAUAAUUAAAAUAUAACAGAUAUUUUUAAAAAACUAAAAUAAAAAGUUGUUUUUCAAGUAGACUAAAAAGGAAUAGACUGUUUUUGUGAGACCAAUUAAGAUAAAACAUAUACUUUGUUGUUUUUGUGCUGUGUUUUUUAUUCCACUUGAUCCAGUCCUUAGCUAGAUCAAGUCCAGAAGACCGUUCAACCACAGAAAGUCAUGAACCAGCACAGGAUUUUCGAAGAAAUCACUCUUUUUCCAGCUCUAAACAGGAGAGCGAAUGAUCUGGAGUGUCUUGGUGUGAACACAGGAAGCUCCUUUUGUCUUUACAUGUAUAAAAGUGUACAAGUAUGUCUACUGAUAAAUCUGGUGAUGGUGGUCUGUAA